CAUCUAACAUAAACGGUACCCAAGUUAUUGGCUUUUGACAAAUGGAAGUAGAGAAAGUACCACUUCCAGCUACUGGAAAUGGCUCAAAAGUUGAUACAGAACUACCAAUUUGAAAUAACACUAUACAUGAAAUUUUGUCAACAUAACUGAAACGGUGCUCAAGUUAUCAUGUUCAAAGACACACACACUGACAGACAAAAUUGCAAAUUCCAACUCAGGGAGUUCAGACAUAGAAACAUUGGCUUGCUACACCUGGAUGUCAACAUGCUUAGCUUAAGCAGUUUUCCAACUAUUCUGUUACUAAUAUUUUCAAUUCUUGAUGGAGCUUUCACUUUAAAGGAGAACAACAGACCAAUAAUUGGCAUUCUGACAGAACCAACAGAUACUUUUGAAUUUGGUCAGGAAUACAUUCAAACUUCUUAUGUUGGAUAUCUAGAAAUGGCAGGAGCUCGUGUUGUUCCAGUUAGAGGCAAACAGCCACAAGAAUAUUAUCAGCAACUUUUUAAAAACAUAAAUGGAGUUUUUUUUCCUGGUGGAGGUGCAGACAUUGACAAUGGUCCUUAUGCUCAGUCUGGAAGAUAUUUUUAUGAUAUGGCUAUUGAGGCCAAUGAUAAGGGAGACUACUUCCCUAUUUGGGGGACUUGCCUAGGGUUAGAAUUGCUUACAGUUCUAACAGCAAAUAAAAACUAUCUUCAGCACACGGAUUCGGAAAAUCUGACUCUGCCAUUGAUAUUUCAGAAAGAUUUUAAGAACAGUAGACUUUUUACAAACAUGCCAGAUGAACUGAUAAAAAUUUUAGCUUCUCAGUCAAUCACACAAAACAAUCAUCAGUUCAGUCUUCUUCUGGCUGACUAUUUUAAGUUAUCUGAACUACAUAAUUUUUAUCGUCUGAUGUCCACCAGCAUAGGAAGAGAUAAACAAGAGUUUGUGUCAACAUUUGAAGCCUACAAGUAUCCAUUCUACGGCGUUCAGUGGCAUCCAGAAAAAAAUAUUUUCAUAUGGGCAAAUAACCAGGUGAUUGACCAUAGCUUUGAUGCUGUAAAAAUCACUCAAUACUUUGCAGAUUUUUUUGUUAAUGAAGCACGCAAAAGUUCUCAUGUCUACGACUCAAGCGAUGCUGAGGCUCAUGCUGUUAUUGAAAAUGGAAUGCGAGUUUUUGUUCCCAACUUUAACACUGCUGAAGUUUUUUAUUUCAAUUAUACAAACAAUUAUUUUGUGGAGAAAUAUGGUCGUCAUAAAUCUUAUUAAAAUCUAUACAUAAAAGGCAAUUUAAAAAAUACUUAAGAAAAUGUUAUGAAAGUAUUAAAAAAGACAUUUUUACAACUCUUUUUUUAUGAUUUUUAAAAAAAUUUUAUUAUAUAACUUUUUUACAUCCUUUUACAUUGAAUUAGCUUUAGUCUUAAAAGAAAUUCUAGAAAAAUUUAAGAAAUAAUUCAAUUUCUCUUUGUGUUAUUUUAUUUACAUUUUUAACAAUUCACAUUCGCAUAGUGACUUGUUUAAACAAGCUUUAUUUAGUUUGCAAUGUCUGUUUAUGGGUUUUGUGGCAAAUCUUGAAUUCUUGUAACUUAAUUUUGCAGCGAUUUCAUUCAAAAUUUCCAGAUACCUUCUUCUUUUUUUAAUCUUAAAUAGAUAUUUAAUUAAUCCUUAAAAAUUAAUUGUUUUGAAACUAAGGGGAGGUAACAAAAUUAAAUACAAGUGAUUAGCUAACCAUUAAGGGCGAACUGUUUGUCACGGUUAACUGAUUUCUCACCCGAGCAUUGACCAUGAACUAAGUAGGGGCAAAUAACUGUCUUUUAGAGAUCUCAAGCUACUUGUUAAGUUUUAACGCAGAUACUUUUAGCUGAAGCCUAAGUUGUGUCAACUUCAUUUUGAACGAAUGACUAAAAAGUGGAAAAUAUAACAAACGUAAAAAUCUUUAUAAUAACAAGCUUUUUAAAGGGCUAAAAAUUAGAAAUAAAACAAACUUGAUAUCUCUAAUAAAAGCAUUGUUUGCUCUUAAGGCCUUUUACAUAUUUUUAAGUUUUUUUUUCUAAUUUCAACGCCUUUAAAAGGUUGUUAUUAUAAAGGUUUUAUAUUUGUUUUAUUAAUAAAAAUGUAUUUGAUCCUUUUAGUUUAAACUUAGGCCUAAUACCUAAAUAUAAUCAACCCCUGAACACAGUGAUUUUUAAAACAUUGAUAACUAUGCAUUGAACAUUCAAAGCCAUUUUUCAUUGUUAUCUACCUCGUUUCUGGUGAUUUAGCUAAUCAGACUUGAUGUUUUAUUAGUCAUAUGUACAUAUGGUUGUGAGGAAAUAACAAACUCUUGUUUAACCAAUUAUAAUUAAUCAUAAACCUCGGGUUUGUAGUUGAUUAUUUGCAAUGAUUGGUGAUAAAUCUUUCUUUUGAUGGCUGCCUCUUAGCCGCCUAUUUGUUUCUUUAUAUAAUAAUGCUUUUUGUCAGCACGUAGCUCCCAUAAAAAGUAUUUGAUUUAUAUAAAUUUUAUAUUUACAGUAAUUUUAAAAUAAAGAUUUUCAUGUUUGUGAAAAAAAAAAUCAAUUUAUAUAAUUUUAAUGAUUGCAUUGUUUAGAAAAAUUACACUAAAUUAUAGUUUAUAAUUCUAUGACUAAAUAGAUCAUGACAAUUAAAAUACCCCUUUUACAUAUUAUGUCUUAGCCUGAUUUAUGCAUAUCAAAGAAUUCAAUGUGUUUUCAUUUUUAUAUACUAUCUAUCUGUCUUCACAGUUUGAUCAAUAUCUGUGGAGCAUUCAUUGCCUUAUUAUAAUUUUUCUUGUUAAGUUUUAAUACUGAGAAUAAACAA